AUGAGCAGUGCCUUCAAGCGCUUGAAGGUGUCAGAAGACGGUGAGCGCAUCACAUGGCGCAACCCGCGCUUUUCUGACUGGGAGCUCCGCUGGGGCGAUCGGGUCUGGCGGGUCCAUUGCUGUGUGUUGGUGGGUGGGAAGAGGCCAGCGCACUUCUUUGCUGGUGCUUCCCGCGAGGGUGUGUACGAAGGCAGAGACACGGACCUGGCAGUGCUGUGUCCGGAAGCGUGCAAAGAUCACGUCGAGCGCGCUCUCGACUUCAUCUAUGGCGAGGACCUUGGGGCGGUGAGCCCCGAGCAUGUGAUGCCGCUGCUGAAGAUUGCAGACACGUUGCAGUGUCCCACGCUGCAGAACACGGUGCUGGAUGCUAUGGAGCAUGCAUCUGGGAUGCCGGGCGCCAUCGAAGUAUGGAUGCGAGAUGCUUGCAUCAUGAAUUUGAAUCGCGUUCUGGAAGAACUGGUUGCAUGCCUGCCGAGAAGUCGUCUCAUUAACUUGAACCUGGACAUUUUGGACAACGACAAUGUCUUAGUAAUGAGAGCCGUUGCCAAGCGAAUGGUGGAGGACCGGAUGGUGCAAUGGGGAUCCUUUGAAGGUCAUGGUCAGCUGAAUUCUGACGGGAGUAUUUCCCUGAGCCUGCCAACGGUGGCACAGGAGCAGUCGCGACGAGGCCUCUGGUGCCGAGCCACGGGCCUCGGCGAGGCCUCAAGAGGCCGACACGUCUGGCGCAUCCGAGUGGACUCCGUUCCCACGAUCGGGGCAGCUCCGGACUGGUACAUCGUGGCCGGAGUGAUCUCGCGGGAGCAGACGGACCUUUCCACGAACAAGUCCAGGGCCCUCUGGGACACAGACCACCACUUCCUGGAAACGUAUCAGGCGGGGUCCUUGCUCAACUUCCACCACCACCAAACGAAGGUCCUCGUGAAGCACGCAGAAGGUGCAGCCUGCUCGCACCAAGUUGACAAUGUCCAGCGGUUGCAUCCGGGAGAUGUGAUCUCAAUAUGCCUCGAUUUGAAUGAUGGCACUCGCAAUGCUGACAUUGUGUGGCGGAUUAAUGAUACGGAUGUUGCUUUCCCGGAGUCUGUCAAACUCAGUCCGACAGUCUAUCGUGUUGGCGUGGAGCUGUACAAGCAUCUGUAUCAAGCAGAUAGCUUGAGAGUGACACUCGAGCAGCACACAGGUGCCAGAACUGCAAUCUGCGAUGGGAACUGCAGACUUCUCGAUGACAAGUUUGGCAAGACCGGGCAACGCAUGUCUCGGAUGCCAAGCUUACGCAAAGAUGCUUUAAAGUAUCUGUACAUAUGUCCUGUGCUUACAGUGGGGCACCUUCUUUCGGGCAAAGUUCCCGAUCGCCUCGAAAUCUACGUAGUUCUGCUUCUUGUGGACCUGGAACAACUGGCGAUAGACAUCAGUUUUCGCUACUCGAGUAUGACGGAAGUAGUACUCCCACAGGAACCUUGUCUACGUUUGUUCCGAGGGAAAGCUUCGGAGUAUCUUGGGCCUGACCGGCCCUCGACCGACCAUGGAAUCGAAAAUGUGUGCCUGCUCGUGUAA